AUGGAGCUAGCAGUACCGGGAUUGACGAGUGCGAUACUCCGAAUGAGUGUAGAUCUAGGACUCCUUCGCUUUCUUAUAAGAAGUGAUGCCUCCCUGACUAUCAUAAAAAUUGCGGAGCUAACUGGAGCGUCUCCUCUAUUAUUAGAGACCGGAGUUAAUGAAUAUACUGUAAAUAAGGUCACUUAUAUCUUGGCUGAUCCUAAGGGCGAGGCUAUAAUAUACCACGGGUAG